AUGAACUGUUGUUGGAGAGUCCUGGCAGUUUUCUUACUGUUUCCUCCAAGAGCAUGGCCUCUCCAGCCAGCCCAGCCCAGGGUGUUGCUGGUGUCAUUCGAUGGAUUUCGAUGGGAUUACAUCUACAAAGUCUCGACGCCCAAUUUUCACUACGCCAUGCAAAACGGUGUCCAUGUCAAACAGGUCACUAAUGUGUUUAUAACGAAAACGUUUCCUAAUCACUAUACCAUGGUGACUGGCCUCUAUGCAGAAAGCCACGGUGUCGUCGCUAAUGAGAUGUACGAUCCUGUUCUGAAUGAAACUUUCUCUCUGAACAAAAUGGAUAUCCAUAACUCCAAGUUCUGGGAAGACGCCAGCCCAAUAUGGGUGACAAACCAGAGGGAAGGACGUAAAACUGGAGCAGCGAUGUGGCCUGGAACAGAUGUCAAAAUUCAUGGAGUCUUUCCUACUUAUUAUAUGCCCUACAACGAAUCUGUUUCCUUUGAAGACAGAGUUGCUAAGCUUAUUCACUGGUUUACAACAAAAGACCCCAUAAACUUUGGUCUCCUCUACUGGGAACAGCCUGAUGAGAUGGGCCAUAUUCUGGGCCCCGAUAACCCACGUAUGGGACGAAUCAUCAGCGAUAUUGACAAAAAGCUGGGCUACCUUAUAGCUGAGCUGAAGAAAGCAAAGCUGUGGGGUGUGAUCAAUGUCAUAAUCACAAGCGACCAUGGGAUGUCACAGUCCUCAUCCGAAAGGCUCAUUGAGCUGGAUCAGUACGUGAGCAGAGAGCUCUACGAAGUCAUUGACCAUUCUCCUGCAGUAGCUAUUCUGCCAAAAGAAGGGAAACUGCAUGAAGUGUAUGAAGCCCUGAGGAGUGCUCAUCCCAACAUGACUGUCUAUAAAAAGGAGGAGAUUCCAGACAGGUUUCAUUACAAACACAACAGUAAAAUUCAGCCAAUCUUAGCAGUGGCCGAUAAAGGAUGGGAAAUUGUGUAUAAUAAAUCUGAUGGGUUUCAAUUGGGUAAUCAUGGGUAUGACAACACCUUACCAGACAUGCACCCCAUUUUUCUGGCGGUCGGGCCUGCUUUCAGGAAGAACGCCACCAAAGAAGUCAUGAAUUCGACAGACUUGUACCCCUUGCUGUGCCAUCUGCUCGGUAUUAACGCGCUGCCAAACAACGGCUCCUUCGCUGCUAUAAGAGAUAUUCUUGCCGAAGAAGUUCCUGUAGCCGUUGUAGCAGACGCCUACGCGACCGUUAUAGGAGUCUUUUUGGGCAGUUUUCUUGUUUUGGUUUUUAUUGCAGUGUUUGUUAAGCAUUUUAUGCUCACCCCAGUGAAUACCAUGCAAAUUCGACAUACUGAGGCUGCCCAGCCACUGUUAUGUGAUUAA